CAUAUACACAUACAUACACACUGGUUUCAGGCACUUCUAAUGCGGUAAAAAUUCCUCUCUUCAAAAAUGACCUUUUAAUCUUCAAGCUACCAAGAUUAUUUUCUGGAAAGGGAUUUCAGGCACUAAUCGAAGCAAUAGUAGAACAAUGGGGUCAGGAUCUUCUAAACCUGAAGAAGAAAUGCCUUUGACAACAACAGCAACAACUGUUCCAUCAAGAGAAGAAAUGCCUUUGACAACAACAACUGUUCCAUCAACAUUUCAAACCGUGACUGUAUCUGAUGAUACAGAUGACUGCAAAAGUCAUGUUGAUAUUGCUUUAGCAUUUUUGGGAGGAUUAUUGGUUGCAUUUCUCAUCUUCGCCCUUGUUUUCUGUGUAAUUAGGAUUAAAGGUAAAGUAAAAAAAAAAUCUGGAAGUUCAAGAAACAGAAAUCAGGAAAGAGAAAUGACCAAUGGUAAUGGUGAUCAUUGCCUGGAAACUAUAGAUGAAAAUGUGUCAUAUGCGACCCUAAGAUUUGUCAAAACCUAACCACUUUUCAAGGCCUAACUAGAUCCUCCCAGGAUGGCAGCAAACUCAUGAUUUGCAUUGACAUACAACUUAUCCUAAUAGCUGCUAAACACUUUUCCCUGUACUGGGUAGAAGUACUGAUGGCCCAAAAGGAAAGAAUAAAGGAAGCACCAACACGCCUGACUGACUACUUCCUGGAGCGUACCUCCUCUAAUAGCCUGCAAAUCCAGCACAACAGAUCUAUAAAAAGCUCUGAUUCUCAUGGACACAAAACCCUGUUGCGAAACGUCUGUUGGUAGCACAUAGCCUCUUAGCCUCAGAGCUAAUAAUGUUAUCCAUCACAUAUUCCCUGUAAAGCCAAAUUCUCUUUUAAAAAGCAGAAAUCUAAACUGGAGACUUAUCCUACCACUUCUCCAAAGAAUAGAUGUAUUUCGGGCGAUUAACCAGGAGUCAUUCUUCAGAUUUCUAAAAAAACAGCUUUCUGAGAUAUUUAUUGAAGAACAGGAGACAUGAAGACCUGCCCCAUAUGGUCAGUUCCAUUGGUAUAUCUCUGAAUCUAUUUCCACACCUAAACUGAAACCACUUCUUCAUCAGUUUAUCAAAACAACAAGAUAUCAUUAUCAAGCAGAUGGAUAGACUCUUAGGUCUUUUUGGGAUACAGUUUGUCUAGAGUUUACUUCUUUCAUACGAAUGUGACUCUGAUGUUCCCUGGAAAGAAAUCAAGAAGCUUUAUAAUCAUUUAAACAUAGCAGACUGUUUCAUAUCUCUUUUAAGCCACACUUCAAAUAAAAAAGAAGCAUGUUAUACCACAUAAGCUCUGUGACACUACAACACUGUGUACAAUUGGAGGUUCACUAGGAUGUUCAUUAUCUUCAGUGAUGGUUCUACUCAUAUCCUAUUGAAUGCAAAGAAGGGGUCUAAGCUUCUACACAAAUGGAGGCCCACAGUACACCCCUCAGAUCCUACCCCUUGAUAACCAUAGACUGCCUUUUACACUCGGUCACUACAUAAGGUAACAGUUCAUUUUGUCUCUACCAUGGAGGUUACAUAUUCUAUCAUAGAGACUGUUCUCCACAUUGUUUUGGGUUGUAUUUCCCUCUACUGCACUAAUAACCAAUGUGGCAUCUUUGAAUCCUCGAUGUGGUUUAACUUAACACAGUUUAAUGGUUUGCUUUCUGUCCGUCUAACCUCCCUUUAAGAUAUGUGAAAAAUAAAUAUUUUGUAGUAAAAUUAAAGUAUAUAUAUAUUGUGGGGAUGUGCUCGUGGUAGGCUACG